AUGAAAAGGAGUCUAGCUGACACUUCAACUCGCAGCACAGCAGGUUGUCUGCCCGUACCUCUGUUCAAUCAGAAGAAAAGAAAUAGACAACCCAUCACUUCAAAUCCACUUAAAAAUGAGCCAGGCUGGGGAACUGCAAACCCAGAAGUGACUGAACUACAGAAAGCAGCCAACAAUGGACGAACAGAACAUCAGAUGGCUCUUUCCCUUAUGAAACCACCAAAUGCAUCAAAGUCUAAUUUAGCAAAUGCUGGAAAAAACUUGUAUGCCUGCCAGGCAGAAGAGAAGGCUCCCAGUACUAAAGUUUGGAACAGAAAUGAGUAUACUCCUUUAAGUAACACCACAGAUUCAAGAUCUGAUAGUGGAAUUAUUCGAAAGUUUGAGAGCUUUUCAAAUAGUCUGAAAACUGUUCAGCAGCAAAAAAACCCUGAUAACUGUAAUUCAUCUCAGCAUAUCAAAACAACAGAAACCAGCCAAACAUAUACAUCUAAAGGACAAUGGCCAGUGAAACCUAACACUGCUUCAAGAAGUCUGCAGGAUCAUAGUCUGGCAUAUAAGUUUAACCACAAUAUUCAGCAAAAUAAAACUAAUGAAAAACAAUAUGGUUGUGUUCCACAAGGCAAAAGUCAGGAAGUUUCAUCAUCUCAAUUAAAAAGUAAAGAAAAAAAGAAUUCUUUGCGAAUCAUAUCUGCAGUCAUUGAAAGUAUGAGGCACUGGAGUCAAUACGCUUAUAAAACUGCACUAUUAUUUGAAGUUUUAGGCACACUUGAUUCUGCAGUCACAUCUGGAGCAUAUGGGGCAAAGAAUUUUCUUUUGAGAGAUGGAAAGGAGAGUCUGCCUUGUGUAUUUUAUGAAAUUGACCGGGAGCUUCCAAGACUAAUUAGAGGUCGAGUGCACAGGUGCAUGGGAAAUUAUGACGCAAAAAGGAACAUUUUCAAGUGCGUCUCUGUAAGACCAGCAACUAUUCAAGAACAAAACACUUUCCAAGAAUUUGUUAAAAUUUCAGAUGUUGAGAUGACAGCAUAUGUAAAAACAAUCAAUGAAAUUUAAAAUGGUUGAAAUGGUUGUCCGAAACUGGUUUUCACUCAUCAUUACCCAUAAAGGCUGGACGUCCUAAAGCAUUUACCAAAACUA